AUGCUUUUGGUGUACGGGCUGCGAGGAGUGCGGGACGAGCGAGUUGUGCGCGGAGUUCUUGGCGACGGCUUUGCCAGCGGGAUCGACGGGUCGCUCGUAGACACCAGCGGCGCAUUGAGCUUGGACGGACGCUUCUUGACCUUGCUUGACGGUCUGAGGAUCUCGAACCGGAAAAGACCUUCCGACUCCUCGCCCGGCUGGCUCUGGUUCGACACCAUUGGCGACCCGAGCGGCGACAGGUCCUGCAAGUGGUUCGAGUACUCGCUGCCUGACUUGCCGGCCAGCUGCAUCGGAACAGAAACGUUGCUGAACGACGAGACUCGCUUUCCCAGCCGCGCAGAGUUGCGGAACGACGCAACAGACAGCUCCGUCGGACUGCGUGCGGUGUCGGCGAUGAGCGUCUUGAACGACGGCGUGGACGCAAACUGCAUGUUCUGGUCCAGCUGCGGCGAGUCCAGGUUCAACGACCAGUUGUUCUGGUCCAUCGACGUGGCCGUGGUCGACCGCGUGUCCACAGACCCGUUGUACUGGUGGCCAUAG